AUGGAUGGUGAUGGUGUUGUCAAAAUUAAUGAGGAUGGACAGACAAUUGACGAACUUAUGAGUGGUCACGUUGGGUUAACAUACAACGAUUUCAAUAUAUUGCCGGGUUAUAUCAGUUUUGACGUUUCUUCCGUUGAUUUAACAACUCAUUUAACACGGAGUAUUACGCUUAAAACACCACUGGUAUCAUCACCAAUGGAUACAGUAACUGAAUCCGAUAUGGCAAUUGCUAUGGCUUUACAUGGUGGUAUUGGUAUAAUUCAUGCCAAUUUCGCUUCUUUGGAAGAGCAGGUUGAAGAAGUUAUCAAAGUGAAGCGUUACAAACAAGGAUUCAUAACACACCCUCAUUGUAUCAAAGAAACCGACACCGUAUUAGAUUUGAUGAGGAUAAAGUUAAAAUACGGUUUCACGGGAACGCCAGUUACAUCAACAGGCCAGGUCGGGGGCCAGUUGCUAGGUCUAGUAACUUCACGUGAUGUAGACUUUAUUGAUGAGGACAGAUAUCCGACAACGAAAAUAAGCGAAGUAAUGGUUCCUCUCCACCGGCUCAUAACAGGCAGUGAAGAUCUGACUUUAGAACAUGCCUACAAAAUUUUAGAAGAUGAGAAGAAAGGAAAAUUACCUAUUGUUAAUAACAAAAACGAAUUGGUAUCCUUAAUAGCUCGUACUGACCUAAAGAAAGCUCGAGAUUUUCCCUGGAGUUCAUAUGAUUCGAAAGGACAGUUGAGAGUAGGUGCAGCUAUAAAUACCCGAGAAUCUGCAAAGGAAGCGGUAAAAAAGUUGGCUGCAGCUGGUGCUGAUGUUCUUGUCAUUGACUCUUCACAAGGUGCUAGCAUGUAUCAAGUGAAUCUUUUAAAAUGGAUAAAGAGUAAUUAUCCAGAAACGCCACAGAUAAUUGCGGGCAAUGUUGUAACACAAAAGCAAGCAGAAAAUUUGAUUAAUGCUGGGGCGGAUGCCAUUCGCAUUGGUAUGGGCAGUGGUUCAAUUUGUAUUACUCAAGAAGUUACUGCAGUUGGACGAGCCCAAGGCACAGCAGUGUAUCAAGUUGCAAGGUACGCCAAGACUCGUGGGAUUCCCGUCAUUGCUGAUGGCGGAAUAAGAGAUAUUGGUUAUAUCACGAAGGCGUUGGCACUUGGCGCAUCGACAGUGAUGAUGGGUGGUCUUUUAGCAGGCACAACAGAAGCGCCCGGCGAAUAUUUCUGGGGUCCAAGCGGUGUACGUCUUAAGAAUUAUCGUGGAAUGGGUUCAUUGGAUGCUAUGGAAGCAAAUGUCAGUAGUCAAGAUAGAUAUUUUAGCAGUAGGUCGGAUGCGAUCAAGGUUGCUCAAGGGGUAUCUGCUACAAUGAGAGAUAGAGGAAGUGUUCAUAAAUUCGUUCCAUAUUUAGUACGUGGGAUUCAGCACGGUUUUCAAGAUAUCGGUGUCAAAAAUUUAGACGAACUCAGGAGUGGUAUUGCUCGUGGUGAAGUCAGAUUUGAGCGUCGCUCAUCGAAUGCGCAAGUUGAAGGAGGAGUGCAUUCCUUGCACUCGUAA